AUGCGUUACUCUCUUGUUGCUUCGCUGCUUUCUGCAGUCACUGCAGUCUACGGCUAUGCCAACCCUAUGGAAUGCACGGGAAUCUGCAACAACGCCCAUGAUCCCGCUCUGAUUCGCCGUAAAGAUGGUACCUAUUUCCGUUUCUCGACUGGCGGCAAGAUCGCCAUCCAUACCGCGCCCAAGAUCACUGGUCCCUGGACCUACAAGGGUGCUGCCAUUCCCGCGGGUUCGAAGAUCAACUUGCCUGGCAAGGACGACCUAUGGGCCCCCGACGUAACCCUGGUCGGCGACACAUACUACCUCUACUACAGCGUGUCCUCGUUCGGCAGCCAAAACUCAGCCAUCGGCGUAGCAACCAGCAAAGACCUCAACACAUGGACCGACCUCGGCGCCACGGGCAUCCAGUCCAGCAGCGGCAAAAACUACAACGCCAUCGACGGCGCCCUCUACUGGGACGGCUCCAAAUUCGUCAUGUCCUUCGGUUCCUUCUGGCAGGACCUCUUCAGCAUCGGCAUGACCAACCCGCCCCUCAAAACCAGCUCCUCAGCCGUCACAAACAUUGCCUUCAAGCCCGAGGGUACCCACGCCCAGGAAGCCCCCUUUAUCGCUCUCAACGGCAAAUACCACUACCUCUUCUUCUCUGUCGGCAAGUGCUGCGGCUUCGAUACGAACAGGCCCCCCCGGGGCGAGGAGUACAAGAUCCAGGUCUGCAGGUCCACCAGCGCUACGGGCGGCUUUGUCGAUAAGAACGGUGUCGACUGCACUCGCGGUGGCGGUACCACUGUGCUCGAGUCUCACGGCUGGGUCUACGGUCCCGGUGGUCAGGGUGUGUACUAUGACCCCCAGAUGGGUCCUGUACUUUACUACCACUACGUUGAUACCCGUAUUGGAUACCAGGAUGGCCAGAAGAAAUUCGGUAUCAACAAGAUUGACUUUUCGAGUGGUUGGCCUGUGGUGUAG